AUGUUAAUCUCAUUAUCACACAAAACCAUCACCUUCAUAACAUUCUUCUUCUUAUUGGGCCCAAGCCCAAUCCUCUCUCGAGACGCACACGUCAUCAACUUCCGAUCACCCAAUCUCUACCCCGAAUCCCUCGCGUGGGAGCCACGCGCUCAACAUUUCCUCAUCGGUUCCCUCCGCCAACGCCUCAUCACCGCCGUCUCCGACGCCGGCGUCGUCGAAACCUUCAUCUCCGACAAUACUCUCCCCUCCGACGCAUCCUUCCUCGGCAUCGCCGUUGAUUCCCCUCACAACCGCCUCCUCGCCGUCGUUCACUCCUACCCUCCCCUCCCUUCUUUCAACGCCCUCGCCGCCUACGACCUCCUCUCCCGCCGCCGUAUCUUCCUCACUCCCCUCCCUUCCUCCGACAACAACAACGACGAACACUCCCCGUGCGCAGCCAACGACGUCGCUGUCGAUCACCACGGUAACGCAUUCGUAACAAACUCCGCCGGAAACUUCAUCUGGAGAGUCACCGUCAACGGAGAAGCCUCAAUCUUCUCAAAAUCUCCACUAUUCACCUCGCCAACCUCGCCAACAAACAACAGUCUCCCAGGUCUCAACGGAAUCACCUACGUCUCCAAAGGUUACCUUCUCGUAGUCCAAUCAAACACCGGGAAGGUCUUCAAAGUAGACGAAAUCGACGGCACAGCGAGAAUUGUACUAUUAACCGAGGAUCUCAUCGGCGCAGACGACAUAGUCGUUCGCGACGCGAACGUCGCUAUCGCAGUGUCGCCGAUGAACAAAUUAUGGUUCAUGAAGAGCAUGGAUAGUUGGGGUGAGGGAUCAGUGUAUGAGAGAUUGGCGAUUGAUGUUCGGCGGUUUCCGACGUCGGUGACGGUCGGAGAAAAGGGGCGAUUGUAUGUGUUGUAUGGACAUUUGAAUGAAGGGAUGUUGGGAGAUUCAGGAAGAGAGGGUUUUGGUAUUGCUGAGAUUAGGUCAAGAGAAGGACAAGAUGAAUAUGUUUGGAUUUUUGGUUUGAUUGGUAUUGGAUUGGCUUAUUUCUUCUUUUGGAAGUUUCAGAUGAAAAAUCUUGGCAAGAAAAUGGAUCAUAAAAUCAACUGA